AUGUGGGUGACCCCCUGGGGACGAGUGGAUGAAGCCGGUGGCAAUGAGGCGAUCGGUGUGGAAACGCGCACCGUCCAGGAGCCCGACGCGGCGGGAGGACUCCAGUGGACAUGGAGGUCAGGACUGAGCUUCUCGAAGGUCGACCGAAGUCGACGGCGCCUCCCGGGACUUUGGGAACGGGUGCAAAUAGCCCCCUGGGGAGUCAGCGAUCUCCCAGCGCACAGGUGGCCGCGGUGGCCUCGGGUAGGAGGGACGGGCCUGGACGAGGUCCACAGCAGUGGAGCAUCCGUCGUCCCCCGGGCGCACCGCGCAGCGCUAGGCCCACUCCCUGGAGACUGGUGGGCGAUGCGCAGCAAUCACCGCGCUCACAGCGGAGGGCUUUUGAGGUGUUGCAUGAAUCAAAGCCCACUUGGUGCUGUUGCCCACAAAAACGAGAACCAAUGUCCCUCCCAAUGGACUCGGAGGCGCGUCGGCUCCAUCGCACUAGGAUCCUGGCCAUUGGUACCUCGCCGGCACUGUGGUGUCUCCAGUCUCGCCAUACCCGCGGUGGUUUACUGGGGGUCUGGAGGUGUGUACUGGUAUUGCCCCCCUCACUGGUGGCGUAUGCAACUGUACACACCGCGUACGGAUGUGUACACAUUCCGUGUCGACGUGGAACCCUCGUUCGUCACCUGUGGUGAUGCCCAAGCUUUUGUUUUUCUCUGCUCGUCGCGCGUGUGGAGUCGCGACUCGAGCUUCCCAUGGGUCCGCCCGUAA